AUGAGUGACACUGACGACAGGAAGAUGGCAGGUGAUUACAGCCUGUCCGACACUGCCGCACCUGAUCAUGGCCGUUCGGCUCACAACUACACAACACGAACACCCUCAGCACCCAUAGUCAGCCCCAGGAGUAGUGCCUGUACACCUAGAUACCUGGUCGGACUAGUGUUCUUGGCUUUUGUAGUCAUCAUAUGGGUGGGAUCGUCAUGGUUGAUGAAGUUUAUAUAUAGCUCGGGUGAAACCAGCUUCAACAAGCCCUUCUUCCUGUCAUACUACAACGCUUCCAUGUUCUCUGUUUACUUGCUGGGAUUUGUGUGGAGGCCGCAGUGGAGAGCGAACUGGCCGACACGCGAAGAGUUCAA